AAUAUUACACAUACAGCGUAAGCAUAUAUUCCAUUGUGUUCUCACUGAAACUUUGUUAUCACCAUCGCGCCAGAGAGCGAAGCAAAUAUUAUCUCAUUAAAUGUCUGAUCGAAGUCGAUGACGAUCUACUUGUGACAGAGACACAGACCGUCAAUGACAAAUAAUAUAACAACUACGCAGUAAUUCUGAAUAGCACAUAAUCUUAAAGUCGGCGACGCAGCUUAAACGUUGUUGGGCGUUGCGUUGUGCAAUUAGAUCUUCCGUGGAUUCUUAAUUCCGGGUUAAUCGCGCAAUAAGUUAUUAAAAAUAUCACGUUGUAACAGUAGGAAUAGGACUGAUAUUCUCUAGAUUCACGCGCGCGCGAAUGUGUGACCGGGCGCUUAUGCAUGUGUGUGUGUGUGUAUUACAUGUGUCAAUUUUUAUCUAUCUCACUGUCAAGUAUACACAGAGAAAGGAGUAGCCAACGCAACUGAAAUAUAGCCGUGGCAGCUAAUGUGUGCCUUUAAAAUAGGGACAGUUAAUAUCGUUACUGCCUAAAGUUAAAUUUAUUAGUUGUUAAAAUUCAGGCGAUACAACAAAAAAUAUUUAUUGCUAGAAUGAAAUGACGUUUAUGACGAUGUAUAAAUGAUGAUUUUAUUGAGGAACAUCCAGCAAAAUUUUUAAAUUUUUUGGCAAAAUUAUUUUUUCCGUAUGCCACUUUCUUAGCUAUACUCCUACUAAAGUACGCUUUCUUAUUUUAGCUUAUAAAAUUGUAUCUUGCAACAAAAAUAUGUUUUAUCUUUCAUAGCUAACUUUCAACAAUGACAGCAAAGUUCGAAAUAGCUACUGAUAUUUAGCUGAUAAUGCUAAGUCAUUUUUUUUGCGUGUGUGACAGAGACAGAGACCGCUAAUGACAAGUAAUAUAUAUAACAACUACGCAGUAAUUCCGAAUAGCGCAUAGUCUUAAGUCGACGACGCAGCGUAAACAUUAUUGGGCGUUGCGUUAUGUAAUAAAAUCUCUCGUGGAUUUUUAAUUCCGGAUUAUAAUCGCGCAAUAAGUUAUUUAAAAUAUCACGUUGUGACAGUAUCAGCAGGAAUAGGACUGAUAUUCUUUAGAUUCACGCGCGCGCGAAUGUGCGACCGGGCGCGUAUGUGUGUGUGUAUGCGUGCAUUACAUACGUCAAUUUUUAUCUAUCUCACUGUCAUGUAUAUGUUAUAAUAUACACAUAUAAAGUGAUAUCUCUGCAUGAGCUUCGUAUAAGCGAAGGAAAUUGAUUAAAGGUUUGAUUUCUGAAAAUCGAUUGACCAAAUCUGUUCUCUGACAGAUUAUCAUGACUAAUCACGCUUCAUUAUUCUUACCUGUACUAAUUAUUUCUGUCGCUUUAAAUCUAACGUUUGCGUAUGAUGGCACGAAUAAAAAUGAAAAUUUGACCGACGUUUCCGCGCGGUAUCGCCUACCCAAAAAAAUCAUUCCUAUAUUUUACAAUCUAUCGAUCUACACACACCCGAUCGAUGCGGAUUACGACGGUCACGUACGGAUCAUCCUGCAAGUGCUCGAAAAAACAGAUUUCAUCGUAUUGCACACGGACGCAUUAAAGAUACAGACAAAUGCAUCUUUAUCGGAUAAAUCGGGUCGAUUGACUCGGAUUUUGCGUUACACCCACGACGAAGAAACACAAAUGCUUACGAUUAAACUCGAGCGCGCACUUGAUCCUGCAAAGUACACAUUAGAAGUAUCCUUUAAAGGACACAUCGCAAAUGACGUAUUCGGCUUUUACGCAAGUCUGUACGAAGUUGACGGAAAACUGAGACGCAUUAGCGUAACUCAAUUUUCGCCUACGUACGCGCGUCGCGCGUUUCCUUGUAUGGACGAGCCGUAUUUAAAAGCGAAAUUCCAAUUGCAUAUUGGCCACCAUAAGGAUCAAAAGGCGACGAGUAAUACUCCAGUGCAAUCUGUACGAAUAGAAAAUGAUAUCUACUGUGUGACCACAUUCCGCCGCACGCCGCGAAUGCCCACAUAUUUGGUCGGAUGGACGGUGCACAACUUUGUCCCGGAACGAUCAAGAAUUUCGGAGGACUUCAAGAUGUGGACGAGAGACUCCAUGAAGUUUCGCGGAUCGAUGGCCUUGAAUCGCGGUCGGGCAGUCUACUCGGCGCUGCAGACGUGGUUAUUGGUGAAGAGCCCGCUGGUGAAGGUCGAUCAAUUCGCGAUACCGGAUUUCAAUUUCAACGCGAUGGAGAACUGGGGCCUCAUCACUUACAGGGAGUCCGUAGUGUUGCACGAGGAUGGAACCCCGACGAGGAAAACGGUGGACGGACUGUCGACGAUGGCUCACGAGUACACUCACAGUUGGUUCGGCAAUCUGGUGACACCCGUAUUCUGGGACGUCGUUUGGUUGAAGGAAGGCUUCGCCACGUAUUUCCAGUACUUCGGCGUGUCCUUAGCGGAACCGGAGCUGAGAAUGAUGAAUGUAUUUGUAGUAGAUUGCCUGCAGCCGACACUGCUCGCAGAUUCCGACAAUCAUACACGCACAUUGAACGGUCGAGAGGUCGGGAGCCGUGACAGCAUUAUGGCUACGUUGGAUUUUGUCUCUUAUAAAAAAGGUGCAUCCAUAAUUCGUAUGAUCAAUUAUGCCAUCGGCAGCACAGCGUUUCAAUUAGGAUUACAAAAUUAUUUGCGCGAAAUGUCGUAUCAGGCAGCCACUCCAUUCGACUUGUAUCGACAUCUGCAAAUCGCAUCAAAUAGAUCAGGGCAAUUGCACAAGGCUAUAUCUGUAAAAGAUGUCGUAGAAUUCUGGGCAAAUCAGCCAGGGUAUCCCUUAGUGACUAUUACACGAAACUGCAGUUCGAAAGCUCUAUUUGCCUCGCAAGAACGAUUUUAUCUGAACCGUCAAGCAGCGCGAACAGAUCUCGAAAAAUCGGGUUGGUGGAUACCGUUGACCUUCGUCACCGAAGAAUCGAAUUCCACAUUUGAUCGAAUUACUACGGCUGCCUGGUUGAAGCCACAGGCCAAGAGCACGAUAAUCGGUUCCGUCGAGCCGAACUCGUGGGUGAUUUUCAACGUUCAGCAAGUUGGAUAUUAUAGAGUCAAUUAUGACAAGAAUAACUGGAAAAUGCUUAUCCGCCACUUGAAGUUGAAGAAUUUCAAAAAAAUACAUGUGAUAAAUAGGGCUGCGCUUCUAGAUGACGCUUUUAAUUUAGCUAGAGCCGGUUACGUGGAUUAUUCCGUUCCAUUUGAUCUCGCGACAUAUCUCACUCGUGAAACCGAAUACGAGCCGUGGGUCGCCGCGAUAAAUAACUUUAAUUUUCUCAAUCAUAUUUUAGCCUGCUCACCACGAGUACAACGACUCUUUCAGACCUAUGCAAAUGACUUACUUAAACCAAUAUACAGUCUAUUAAGCUUUACGGAAAGUCCCGUGGACAGUUCAAUAACGAAACUACAUCGCGAAUCGAUCCUAUCUACUGCGUGCUCUGUCAAUAAUAUCCACUGCUUAAAGACAUCAAAGACUCUAUUUAAAUCGUGGAUUUUGUCUGAGAAAAGCACAAUACCAGGAAAUUUCAAGAGUUUCGUGUAUUGUGUGGGCAUUCGCGCAGGUGAUGAUAACGAUUGGCAUACAGUUUGGAACAGGUUUCUGCGCACUGACUUACAUGCAGAACAGGAGCUCUUGCUAAGUGCACUCGGAUGUACUAAAACUCCUCGUUUAAUCGACAGAUAUCUCAACACGUCCAUAACGUAUGGACUUGAACUACGCAAACAAUAUAGGAUGACAAUAGUUAAUGCCAUUUUGAACGGCAAUCUCGAAAAUGUUAAUUACGUCAUUGAUUUUAUUCGUAAUAAUUUACGCACAAUUCUUAAAUCAAGAGGAAUAGAUUUCUUAACCAAAAUAUUCACUGCUAUAGGCGACAAAAUCAUUACAAAAACCCAAUUAAACAAGUUUCGCUCAUUUGUUGAUGAUAACAUCGAAGAUCUAGGAUCAGCGUUGAAUUCAGCAAGAAAAGCCGUAAGCGUUUCUACUUCAUCCUUAGAGUGGAUCAAUAAAUUUUUACCUGCAAUCGAAAAAGCAUUGUCACUUAAUUAGUUAUUUAAUAUAUU